ACUACACAGAGAAAGAGGACAUCUUCGUAUGCAGCUCUUCCCUGAGCUAUUUAAACAGGGACGUCCGGUGCCAUUUCUGAGGUGCACACUCGACGUAGCCGCAGAAGCAAUAACCGUCGAUGAUGGUGAACCGGCGACGAUUGUUGGAAGGGGGAGUGGCUUCUCUGCAGCUACCACCGGUGACUAUUCUUCUGUUUCUAUGGAUCUGUAGCUGGGGGCAUGCAACAGCAGAUGCUGAUACUGCUAACAUGACGGCACUCCAGAAACAUGUCUCUUUUUUCGACCGUAACAAGGAUGGCAUUAUUACUCCAUCAGAAACAUUUGAAGGAUUUGUUGCGCUUGGUUAUGAUGUUGCAUUUUCAAGAGACUUCGCCUCCUCCGUGCAUGCUGCUCUUGGUCCAAUAACAAGUCCAGUUGAUGCACCAUUGCCCCAUGUGGCAAUAUACAUAGACCAAAUCCACAGAGCAAUGCAUGGAAGUGAUACAGGUGCUUUAGAUGCUAAAGGAAGGUUUGUUCCCCAAAAGUUUGAGGAAAUAUUCAUAAAGCAUGCAAAAGUCAGACAAGACGCCCUGACAUCCUCGGAGGUGGAGGAGAUGAUCCUAGCAAGUCGAGAUCCACUAGACCCUCGAUCAUGGUCGGCACCUGAAACGGAAUGGGGGCUUACAUACAAACUUGCAAGUGAUAAGCGUGGCUUUCUUCACAAGGAUAGUGUAAGAGGUAUAUAUGAUGGAAGUUUGUUUGUCAAGUUGGAGGAAGAGCGGAUGUCUUAUCAAAGUGAAAUGUGAUGGGCUAUAACAUUAUAACAUAUAAGGGCUUUGUCAAUGAAAUCAUUUGGAAAGCGUAUUGUGUAAAUUAGCUAGUCAAAUACGAUAUAUAUUGUUCAAGCAUAUUUGCUUGUGCCUAAGUAUUAAACAAAUGUAAGGAGAAAUGUUUCACCUUCUCAAUAGUUGUGGCAUAAAUAUGAUGGCUGUAGAAAUUCACUGAAAUUUA